UCAAAGAGUCUAUAUUUUUCAAAUCAUGUACGAAUAUCAACAGAAACAGUUGUGUACGGAAUUCAGUUGUCUAGGAGAGUUGGGACGGGAAGGUGCUCGUGAGAAAGAAGUUGACCGUAUAUGUGUGCACGUCCGUGGUAGCUAAGGUGGUUUAAUAUGUCUGAGACAGUGGUUUCAGUUCAUGUUCCAGAAAAUUCAGUUUCCUUUUCUGAACCAAGUGACGUCAAGCGACCAACUCCGAGUCGUUGCAAGCUUCAGAGUAGUGCUGGAGUCCUAGAUGACGUCUCGAAGAGCAAGAGUGGGAGUUCGGAUGGCAUGCGUUUCCGAAAGCGGAGAAAAAGAGGGAAGUCAAAAAGGCGGCGGCUCAAACCAUAUUCAAGAUCUUGGCAGGAUCGUAGUGAGCCAGAAGAGAGAGAAAGUGGUAAACGUGUUAACAACGUUCGAGCUAAGUUGUUUGCGGGCGGACAGCCUGUUGCGCCUUAUAAUACCACACAAUUCUUAAUGGAAGAUCAUAAUGAUCUCCAGAAUUUGGACGUAAAAUUGCAAGCGGUGACAACCAACGCUGAUGGAUCCAGUGUUCCCGUUUUGCAAAGACCAUCUCGUGCGCGAGACUCGAGUUUAAGUGUGGAUUCUGAUGAAGAUUAUUUCUAUUCAUCACCAGAAGAUGAAGGUGACUUUCUUUCCAAAGAAUUUUCGAAUACAUACGAGGACUUGCAUGCAGAGAGACUGAAUUCAAUGCCCAAGGCGCAGCUGAUACAAGAAUAUCUUCAAUUGGAAGCUAAAGUUGACAUUUUGGAGAAAAGAUUGAAAAAAGCUAGUGCUGAUGUGAAGGGCGAAUCUAGCAUUUCUGACUGUGAUAAAGGGGAAUCAGGAAAUGAAGAAAUUAAGGAUGGGGGUGGUAAUACAACACAGAAAAUGUCAACACUUAAACAAGAAAUGGAUAAACUUUAUAUGGAGAAUGAGCAACUAAGGAGGGAGAAUGACAGAUUGAGGUGUUCUUAUCUGAAGGAGAAAUCAGUCCACACUGAAUCCUCUGUUGACUCUGAGAGUGAUAGUACACCAUCCUGUAGAUGCACAGACUCUGAAACCUCGUGUAGUUGCAGUAGUCACUCGGAGAGUGAUAGUGUUGGUUGUUCAACUACUGAUGAAGAACGAAGUGUUGAAGAUCAGCGUGGCCAGAGUGAUGCACCAUUGAAUGAAGAGUCAAGUUCAAAGCAGUCCUUGCAUGAGGAAGAGUUGAAUGCUGAAGACUGUGAUAAGAGUGCGGAAGUUUUGAGGACUAUGGAAAAUGAUGAAUAAACUUUAGCUUUCUUUAAUGGAGUCUGAAAUAAACACUUCAUUGUAAGAAUGUGGUUUUAUUUUUAAUAUUUUAUCAACAUUAUUUAAACUUGUGUACACAAGCAUUAAAAACAAUGUAUUGACAGAGAUUUAUACGAUAUUACUGUACAGAAUGUGUAGUUAUUAAAUAGUUGCUGCAUCAUUGCAUGUGAAUUUCUGCUGUGGCUGUGCUUUCCUUCAGCCUUAUCCCUAUCAAGAAAAUAAAGUGAAGUUGUUAAAUUAUAAUUACAUAUUCUGUGAGUAUAUAAUAAUGUAUGGUAAAAUACAUUAAUCUUUUGGCACAGUAUAAAUUGCCAUAUAAUCUGAGUAAGAGACAUUGUAUCUUCCAUAAACUAUAAAAUUCUUUAAACAUAUUUUCCUGUUGUACAUGUUACUUCCAUAACUGCAAUAUUGAGUUUUUCAUUAAAGGGGCCAGUUGCUGGUAUGUUGUGUGUAAGAAUGGUGAGAAACAAAUGUUUGAAAAAUGACAGUAUGUUGAAUUUAAAAUUCAACAUUCAAGUCAGAAAUAAUUGUUGUUUAUUGGUUUUUAACCAUAAGAAACAUUACUCAAAACUUAAUGGAAAGUGCUGAAUUUAUUGUUCAUAAUUGAGUUUUAGCAAUAGCUUCAAAGCAUUCCUUUCGCGAAUAAUAAGUUUGUUUUGUAAUUGUUUUUAAAUGUUAAACUACAACAAAUAAAAUUAAUAUGAACCCAUGAGAUUAAAAGUAUGGAAACAAAACUUAUGCCAUAAUGUCUUUUUGUUUUUCUCAGAAUUAUUUACCUAGAGUUCCAUGUAGUUAAUUUCUUUUAUGCAUAUUAGUUUAAAGUUCCAUUUUUUGAAAUUUCCUAUUAUAUUGUGUGAUUAUAAUUUGUCCACAAAGUCCCCAUAAAUGUCGAUUUAAUUUUGGGUUAUAAUUUAUAAACUUAAAAUUGCUAUACUUCCUCCUCUGUUCAUUUUAGCAUUGUUAUCGCUUGGUGAUUAAAAGUACAAAUUAAUUUUUAGCGAUAGGGAAGGUUUAAUGGUCUGACUUUUGGAAUGAGUCGAAUUAAAUGGGAUUUUAUUUUCCUAAUGCAUUAUCAAACUGAAAAUGUUUUUAGUGUAGUUCCUUCUUUAAUAUUUCAUGAGGGUCAACAUACAAGCAUGUGUUGGAAUCAUUUGUUAUGGUGAAUUAGUUGAUUAAUAAUUUGAUUAACAAAAACUUGUAAACUUUCCACAAAUAAAAAAAAGAGGGACAUUAGUAUUGAUACUGACAAUGAUUGUGUUACUAAUAAGUUGCAAUUAAAUUAAUGCUAACACAAUUAGCUCGACGUUUUUAUCAUUAGUUCUUAACAAAAGAUAGAAUACGCCAUAAUGAAGUGCCAAGUUUGCGGUGGCGAAAUAUUGAACAUCACAUAGUUAAAUUGGAUUGGGCAUUGCUAUAUUAGCUAUUUGACAAUAUAUUGGUUCGGAAUGAUUGUAGUCGCUUUGUUAAUUACGGCACGGUUUUAAAACUAUCUUUGCGAUCUCGAAUUUAAUUGUUUCAAUUUAAUAAUUGUUACUCUACAGUCAUAUUGAAUGAAUAAAGAAUACGAGAAGAAAAAGAGAAAUAGUUGCUUAUUUUGUAAUAUCGUAGUAUAAUAUGUAACGUUGCAGUUGACGCUCAUUCGGUCGCGAGUGGACAACGGUUUGCGUCCAUGGCUUGUAUAUACCUGGAGUAUUACACUACACUGUGAGAGGAGACGAGUGUGGAGCUUUGCGUGAGUAAAGCCUCGUGAAUUUCGUCGUCACGUAGUUUCCAAACGUAUAUCCUAGUGAGAAGAAUAAAACUGUUGAGAGACCUUUCAUGAAUCUUCGGGUUAAUUCAAUAUGACUUCAGCUCAGAGUCAAGGUGAUCAGAAAGAAAAAAAGAGGAAAGAAAGUAUCCUAGAUCUUUCUAAAUAUCUGGAAAAGAAUAUUAGAGUGAAAUUUGCUGGAGGGCGAGAAGCAGCGGGUAUUCUCAAAGGAUAUGAUCCUUUACUCAAUCUUGUCUUGGAUAAUACAUCCGAAAUUCUCAGAGAUCCAGAUGACCCUUACAAACUAACAGAAGAUACACGGAUGUUGGGAUUGGUUGUUUGCAGAGGGACAUCUGUUGUUCUUAUUUGCCCAGUAGAUGGAAUGGAAAGCAUACCAAAUCCAUUUGUACAACAAGAGGCCUAAUACUUUAUUUCAUUUUUUCACUAUAUCUUAUUUUCAUUGUGUUUUUGAAUGAAAACCUUUCUCCCAUUUGUAUGAACAAAUAAAUAUUUUUUUGCCAUUUGUAUUUUUAUCGUAUGUUUUAAGAAUUAACCUUUGUAUUGAAGUAAAAUAGUAGAUAAUCCUAAAAAUGAAUAAAAUAUAUUUGACAUUUAGCUGACUGUCGCACAAGUAAUAUUUUACCUCAGUUCAAUAAAAUCAAAACUUAUCUGAAUUCAA